AUGCAUUUCUCUCUUGGACUUGUCCUUUUCCCUCUUUGCUAUGCCUUUUCUCAUCCUGGUCUUUUGCAUACAAAUGCCGACUUUGAGCGAAUCGCCCCCAAUGUUCAGAAUCAGACUGAGCCGUGGAUUACGGGAUGGUAUAAACUGACCAACAGUUCUUAUGCCUCUCCUGCAUACACCCCCAGCGCACAAGAAGUCGUCUACCGAGGUGAUAAUCCCGACCAUUCGCAGAACUAUGCCAGUCUGUAUCGCGACAUUGCCGCUGCCUACAACCUAGCCAUCCAGUGGAAAGUCACCGCCAACAAUACCUACGCCGAUACAGCGGUCUCCAUCCUCAACGCAUGGGGAUCGACACUCACCGGCAUCAGCGGCAGCGCAGACAAAUUCCUUGCCGCGGGGAUAUACGGAUAUGAACUCGCCAACGCGGCCGAGUUGAUGCGCGACUACACCGGCUGGGCCAGCGACGACUUUACCACCUUCACCAAUAUGAUGGUCGGAGCCUUCUAUCCCAUGAACCACGACUUUCUCACAUUCCACAACGGCGCCGCGGUGGACCAUUACUGGGCGAAUUGGGAUCUGUGCAAUAUCGCCUCGAUGUUGUCGAUUGGGGUGUUGAGCGAUAACGAGACCAUGUUUAAUGAAGCUGUCGAUUACUUCAAGACCGGCGGUGGAAACGGACAGCUGGAAAAGGCGAUUUGGCAUAUUUUUGACGUUGAUGGACAGAGUCUGGGACAGGGACAGGAGGCUGGACGCGAUCAGGGCCAUUCGAUGUUGGAUUUCUCGCUGUUGGGGCCAAUUGCGUUGUCUGCGUAUAACCAGGGCGAGGACUUGUUUGAGUAUCUUGAUAAUCGGAUUCUGGCUGGUGCUGAAUACGUCGCCAAAUACAACCUGGGCAAUGAUGUCCCCUACACCACGUAUGUCAACAGCGACGUGACACAGUCUGUCAUCAGUGAUGGCGAUCGAGGCGGUGUUCGACCAAUUUGGGAAUUACUGUAUAAUCAUUACGGUGUGCUCAAAGGGCUGGAUGUCACCUGGACCAAGCAGUAUCGUGAUAUGGUAGUGGAAGCUGGCGAUGGGGCAGAGGGAGGAGGAGGGGAUUAUGGAACGUCCAGUGGAGGAUUCGAUCAGUUGGGAUAUGGGACGUUGAUGUAUACCUUGUAG